GCGUCGGGGUCGCGCGUCGGGCGCGCCGUGGCCCCGUCGGGGCGGCGGGAGCUGCGGAGCCGCCAUGGCGGACCUGGAGGCCGUGCUGGCCGACGUCAGCUACCUGAUGGCUAUGGAGAAGAGCAAGGCUGCGCCGGCUGCGCGCGCCAGCAAGAAGGUCGUCCUGCCGGAGCCCAGCAUCCGGAGCGUGAUGCAGAGGUAUCUUGCAGAAAGAAACGAAAUAACCUUUGACAAGAUUUUCAAUCAGAAAAUCGGCUUCCUGCUAUUUAAAGACUUCUGUCUGAAUGAAAUCGAUGAAGCCGUGCCGCAGGUGAAGUUUUAUGAAGAGAUAAAAGAAUACGAGAAACUGGACAACGAAGAGGACCGGCUGCGCCGGAGCCGACAGAUGUACGAUGCCUACAUCAUGCGGGAGCUCCUGUCCUGUACACAUACAUUCUCAAAGCAAGCUGUGGAACAUGUUCAGAGCCAUCUCUCCAAGAAACAGGUGACAGCCACUCUUUUCCAGCCAUACAUAGAGGAAAUCUGUGAGAGCCUUCGAGGGGACAUUUUCCAAAAAUUCAUGGAAAGCGAUAAAUUCACCAGAUUUUGUCAGUGGAAGAAUGUGGAGUUAAAUAUCCAUCUGACCAUGAACGACUUCAGUGUGCACAGGAUUAUUGGCCGAGGAGGCUUUGGGGAAGUUUACGGCUGCAGGAAAGCAGACACCGGGAAAAUGUAUGCCAUGAAAUGCUUAGACAAGAAGAGGGUGAAAAUGAAGCAGGGGGAGACGCUGGCCUUGAACGAAAGGAUCAUGCUGUCCCUUGUCAGCACUGGGGACUGUCCCUUCAUUGUCUGCAUGACCUAUGCCUUCCACACACCAGACAAACUCUGCUUCAUCCUGGACCUGAUGAACGGGGGCGACAUGCACUACCACCUCUCCCAGCACGGGGUAUUUUCUGAGAAGGAGAUGCGCUUUUAUGCCAGCGAGAUCAUCCUGGGCCUAGAGCACAUGCACACCCGCUUCGUUGUCUACAGAGACCUGAAGCCUGCAAACAUCCUCCUGGAUGAGCAUGGGCAUGUGAGGAUAUCUGAUCUUGGCCUCGCCUGCGAUUUCUCCAAAAAGAAGCCUCACGCCAGCGUGGGCACCCAUGGGUACAUGGCUCCCGAGGUGUUGCAGAAGGGGACAUCGUAUGACAGCAGCGCUGACUGGUUCUCCUUGGGUUGUAUGCUCUUCAAGCUCCUGCGGGGCCACAGCCCCUUCAGACAGCAUAAAACCAAAGACAAGCACGAGAUAGACCGCAUGACCCUGACGGUGAACGUGCAGCUUCCUGAUGCCUUCUCCCCUGAGCUGAGGUCCCUCUUGGAGGGUUUGCUCCAGCGGGACGUGAGUCAGCGGCUGGGCUGCUGCGGAGGCGGGGCACAAGAGGUGAAGGAACACAUCUUCUUCAAGGGCAUCGACUGGCAGCAUGUGUACUUGCGGAAGUACCCACCACCCCUAAUCCCUCCCCGGGGAGAGGUCAACGCUGCAGAUGCUUUUGAUAUCGGUUCGUUUGAUGAAGAGGACACCAAAGGCAUUAAGCUGUUGGACUGCGAUCAAGACCUCUAUAAGAACUUCCCACUGGUGAUCUCCGAGCGCUGGCAGCAGGAAGUGGUGGAGACCAUCUACGACGCCGUCAAUGCCGAUACGGAUAAAAUUGAGGCCAGGAAGAGGGCUAAAAAUAAGCAACUUGGUCAGGAGGAAGAUUAUGCCCUGGGGAAGGAUUGCAUCAUGCACGGGUUCAUGCUGAAGUUGGGGAACCCCUUCCUCACGCAGUGGCAGAGGCGCUACUUCUACCUCUUCCCCAACAGACUAGAGUGGAGAGGAGAGGGUGACUCACGGCAAAAUUUACUGACCAUGGAUCAGAUCCUGUCUGUGGAAGAGACCCAGAUUAAAGAUAGAAAAUGCAUAUUAUUCAGAAUAAAAGGAGGGAAGCAGUUUGUCCUGCAAUGCGAGAGUGACCCCGAGUUUGCACAGUGGCUGAAGGAGUUGACAUGCACCUUCACUGAGGCUCAGAGGCUGCUGCGCCGUGCCCCCAAGUUCCUCAACAAACCCCGAACCACCAUCCUGGAGUUCUCCAAGCCACCGCUGUGUCACAGAAAUAGCAGCGGCCUCUGAACCACAGAGCAGCAGGGCCUGCAGGAGGGGCCCCGGCUCUUCAGCCCAGGAAUCAGCCCAGGAGUGGAGUGGAGCCACAAGGAGCCAUGUGGAGCUGAGACACAGCAGUUCUGAGUACUGGGCUGCUCCAGGCUGGGGAUGCCCAUGACAUCAAGAUGGCCCUGCAGGAGUUGGGACAUCCUCUGGACUGACCUGUCCACACGUGAAAUUACUGGAGAAGCAGAAGGUGUUUCUCUGCGCACCCACUUACUUUGGUAUCCACGGACUCAGAACAUGAAAUGAGCCUUACCACUCAAGCUCUCGUGUCUGGCAUAAAGCAUAUCUGGGGUGGGACCACAGUGUCCAGGACUGAUGUAUCUGUGUGCCUGCCUGAAGUUUGGGGGUUGUGGCUCCAAAUCUUGGAGGAGGCACAGUAGCCUAGGGUCCCUGUAGGUCAGGGAUAGCUCCUAGCUGUUUCAGAGGUGAUGAUGUAGCACAGAGUACCAUGUACACUGCCUGCCUCUGAUGGUUCUGCUCCAGGAAUGCCAGACAGAGGGCAGAGUUAGGAAUGUUCCCUUGAGGAAUCACCACAGCAUCCAUCAAGGCCACUUCUGGUCAACACGACCAGAAGAGAUGCCCCAGGACUUCAAGUCAAGCAGGAUAUAGGUAACCCACCAAGCAGUACGUGUACAAGCUCAGGGUCUCCAUGAUGGCAGGUCUAUGGCCAAGUCCUGCUUCUUCUGCCUGGCCUGAGAAGUAUAUCCAAGGAUCUGUCUGAGGCAAAAAAGAAUUGCUGCCUUGCCCUUCAGUAUAAUUUAUAAUGAACUCACACUGAUGGGUGACAGUGUCCAGGGGUCUCCUGUUGUACCCUGGCAUGACCCUUAUCUUUCUGUCAUUAAUGCACUAUGCACCGGGUUGUUCCGAUAAGGGGCUGCAGAUUGCCCAGCACCCUUCCCCCAAAGAUUAUUUCCUCCACUGCUGCCCUGAGUAAAUUCUGGGUCUCUGUGCCACCACGCUGAAAUAGAAGUCCUGGAAGGUCUCCAUGGACUUGUCAAGUUCCUGGGGGCUGUGUUACAGAGUCGCUAGACAAACUGCUGAGCACAUAAAGAAACCUGGCAUUGAAACUCUUUGCAUUCUGUCCUGGAUCUUUCUAACAGUACCCAGUGUGUAUUCUCGUGUUCAUGUUCUGGGAAAAUAAGGUGUUUAUUAAUUUAUUUUAAAAUCGCAAUUAUCUUUUGAGAGUUUGGAAGAUAAUGUAUCUGUUACUGUGCAUGUGUGUGAGGGACCUGUGGGUCUCGGUGCCCAUUCAGGGUCUGAGUUUGCAUACAUGUGCCACUGUUCACUGCCUCCAGUGUGGGACUGUAGCUGCAACCUAGUAGGACACCCUGCUUGCUUGCUUAACUAACUAGUGUGCAGAUUUUAUUGCACACAUGCACAUGUAGUUAAGUACUGAUGUCACUGUGUGGGUGUGACUGGAAUGGGCAGCUCACCACACAAGCUCUAUCAGACCUGCAGGGGCAAGGGCUGCAAAUCUGGCCUUUUCAGGGAAUACACAGGAGCCUCUCCCAUCAGGACGGUGACUUGACCUCUGCAGGUGUUGGGCUAGCCAGAGUAAAUCUUGUAUUGGAGUUAUAGCCAUACCAAAGGGUUUUACAAGAUCAUGGAUCCUGUACCCAGAUAAUACUGAGGCAGACUCUCACAGACAUCAUGUAUUAUUAUUUCAGAGGAGUCAGUUUUAAGGCCCCUUCUCUUUUAAAGGAGCUAUGUUUGUGUUUGGGGUGGGUCUCCUAAGAGUCCCCCUGCCUCAGACUUAAUCUAAGUAAACCUUUUUAAUCCCCUCAACCCCAUUUCCCUCAUAAGGACACAGCUAAGAGGGAGGGACGAUGACCCUUGCCUGCAGUCCUUAAGAUUCGCACGGGUGGAUGAUGGGUCAUCAGGUCUUUCCACCCAAGCACGAGGUGAGGGGGUGUCAUGGGCCCACAGGGUGGAUGGAGUCACCAGCUGAGUUUGCCAUGCAUGGCUGUUUGAGAGUUUCCUGUCACGUUAGUGGAUCCCUAGAUGCCAGGUGCUUCUUGUACCAUUAACAGAACAAACCCGUGUUCUCCUUAUUCUGACUUCUGGAGCAGAAUUCUUAACAUGAUCCAAGAUGUUCUAGGUGAUGCUGUUUUUAUACAAUCAAGUUCUGAGAAGCCUCAGUUUCAUAAAACAAGAGAAUCAGAUCGUUUUAAAGCAGCUAUAUGACACAUACCUUUGGCAAGCCCCGGUUUGUUUAUUUUUUAACCUAAAAUAGCCUCUUGCCCUUGGGGCUCCCCACUCAUGCCUCCAGCAUGAUUCUUUUCAGCAAAGCCUGUAGAAAUUGCCUCACUGUCAUGGUUGACAGGGGAACCUGUCUCACUGUCUGAUGCAGGGACCUGCACAAUGAUGGUCCCAUUAGCUGACGUUACAAACUGUGUAAAACCAGCAAUGAAGUGUGGAUGGUGGGGAGAGAUGACAUCCUUUCGAGAAAGACAUCAUUGGGCAGACUUGAUGCAGCAGUUCUAUGAGUCCAGCCUUGACUGACAGAGGCAGGAGGCUUGUGAGUUUGAGGCUAGCCUGGGAUACAUAGCAAAACCCUGCCUUCAGAACACCAAGGGCUGUGGCAGUAGCUCUGGGGCCAAGCUCUUGUCUGGAAUGUUCAUGGCUCUGGGUUUAAUCCCCAGUGUGCAUGGAGGGUGGGAAACCUACUGUUAGCCAACUAAUAAGAUUUAGCCUGAGUGGCCCCUUGACCUCGGCCAUGUAUCUAUUAGAAGCAGCUGUUCUGAGGCCCCACUGGCCACGAUUAUUCACCAGUGGACAGUGCGGUGAAGGGUCAGGGCUCCCCAGGACAGGAACUGGACCACUUCAGGUACCUGGGAAGCCAGGGGAUGCCAUGGUCAGAGCAGGUAGAGAAGGUUUGCUUGGCUGGCUGAUGGAAACCAUUCUCCUGACAUGACAGAACACCAAGGAAGGGAUGGUGGAUGCUGGUGGGAGAUUCCCUGGGAAUUCCCAAGUGAUGUCUACAAGGCUUGGUUGCUGUUCCCGAGACCUCGUUGCUUCCCUCAUGAAGGAGCCGUGCGUUAUUCACUGGACAUUCUCAGGAAGUUCCCCCAUCAUGGUAUAUCCCUGGACACUGAGCGAGUGCUUUGUAGCCUAGGCAGAGACAGUGUCCUGGUCACUGUUAUUGAAUGUACUGCCGGGGUGGGGGGAGGUGUCCAGCUUGGUCCCAGGGAACCCCAGGAUGACAACACGGGCCUUUCUGCACGUUUAACUCCAUAUCCACUUUGAAAUUUCAUAACUUAAAAUUUCAAAAUUAAAAAACAAAACCCCCCCUUUUUUCCCUGAGUGAUGUUUACUUGAAAGUCUUAAUUGCUCACAUCUGCGUUAAUAUGAUUGCUUUAUUCGGGUCUCCUUUUCGUUUGUCUGUUACCAUGGAAUGAAGAAGGCUGAACUGUAAGCCUCUUCUCCUGAGUUGUGAUGGACUUUAGGGUUUUCCUUGUUGAGUUGCUUUCCUUAAAGAAUAAGAGAGAACUGAGCACAGCCUCUCAUAUCCCUCAUCCCUAAUGUUCAGGACGCUGAGACAGGAGGAUGACAAGUCCCAGGACAGCCUGGGCUAUGUAGUGAAACCCUGCCUUAGAAAUAAGUAACUAACAGACUAAGAGUUGUUGCUUUAUGACACAACACAGGUGUGACCACUCCUACCAGCAAUGGGGAGGUGCUGUGUCCCUGAGAUGUGUAGAACCCACACAUCUUUAACGGCCGUUCUUAAAGACAGAGACCUCACAGGAAGUGGGUUCAAAGUAUUCGCCCUUCAUGAAGAACAAAAAUUAAUUCAAACCCAUAGCAUAGAGUUAGGUUCUCAGCAUCAGAGUCCUUCUGCAAACAAAUACCUACACUUCCUUCCCUUUUCAUUUUGCCCUGGAGGUAAAAUGUCUUUGAUGGGGGGGGGGGGUAGGAGGGGAGCAAUCAUUCCAAUGUCAACUGUGAUUUUUGUUUGUUUCCUUGGUUGUUUACCUGCCCAUUGAUUGUACACAAUGCAUGUGGAUUAUAAACUCAACACACUGGCUUUUUUUUUUUUAGUUCAGUUGUUAAAUUAUAUUUUUCUAUGUUCUACGUGAUAGCAGACCUGGCUUUUUCUGUUACAGAGAUGGAUGGACCUGUAGCUAUGAGACAAGAGUUCUAUUUUUUAGCACAAAAAAAGCAUUUUAUAUUAUUUAUUGAAUCUGUAUAUGUGUUCCCAUGGAAACCAUCUGUAUUACUGCUCCUUGUGAUCUGAGUGUAUAGUUUGUUAUUUAAAGAGAUGGCAGCCUUUUGUGUUGUUGAAACAAUAAAACUGAGCUCCUACAAGCA